UCCAAGCGACACCAUUAAAUAUUAGAUCUUUCACUCGAGAUGAAGGUUGUGAACAUGUUCUUUAUCCACCUGAAAUUUUAGUACCACUACCUUAUCUCAAAAAAUGCCUUUCCACUAUCAAGGGAUCAGCCGUUUAUCCGGAUAAUCCCCAAUAUUACGAUUGCAUAAGAGUUGCAAAUUUUACCUCAAUAAAUAUCUCCUACUAUUCAGAACAAGUCGAAGUGGUGUUUAUGUCACUUUCCAAAGUAUCUAAAAAUCUUAGCGAAAAUAUAACUCCCUACCUUGCUGUAAUGGCCGAAAGUAGUGGCUAUUAUACUGUUUCAAUUACAGCUACAUAUUUGGGACCAGCUGAAGAGGCACGAAUUGCUGUCAAAGAAUUAAUCGAAUUAUCAAAUCCUGUAUAUACAAAAUUUGAAGAAAUGACUUGGUGGAGAUCUGUUAUGGAAACAUUUACACAGCAACAAACCGUACACCCAGUAUUUCCUCCUCAACCUUUCAAAUCUACAUCUUAUAAUAUUCCGCUACCAGGACUUUCUCGGGAAGGCAUUAGAUUUUUAGUAAACUUUAUCAGUAAUGUUGAAUGCACUACAGUAGCGUUAUUUGAUGUAUAUGCAGGUGGUGGUGUUCUAAGUGGAAUUUCAGGAAAUAGUUCUGCCUAUAUUCACAGAAAUCUUCUUUUUGUAAUGCAAUUAGAAAUGAAGUUAAGUGAUCGUGAUAAAGAAACUCGAAUUAGAUGC